AGUUUUGCUUGAGAGGGUUAUGGCAGAAUUUGCAGCGCCAGACGGGAAGCUUGGUGAACAUUACAAAAGAGCAGUAAGGAGAAAAAGAGGCGUGCAGUGUGCUAACCUGACACAUGGGACUUUCCACGAGAGGAGGACUGCAGAUUUGCACUGCGGGGACCAACAGGUUGGUGAAAUAAACGGGGAAGAUUAAUCUGUGGCUACGACUGUGAUGUACAGUGGAUUAUGGACUGAAUAAUGAAUGUGAUCAUCUCAAAUAAGGUUUAAAAGUGCUAAAUUUGAGCAAAUGCAGUGAAAUAAGUGGUGUGUGCUCUUUUAUUUAAAAUGCUAAAAAGUGCUUAAAAGCUUUUUUAUGCUACUAUUAUUAUUGUUAUUAUUUUGAUUUAUAUUAUUAUGCUGCAUUUUAUUAUAGCAUCUGAUCUUUAAAGCUAAUAGAGGCCCAAACUAAAGUCUUUAUACUCUCUUAAAAUGUUAUGAUCCUGCAGAAAGAAAUAUAACCCACUGUAAAUAAAUCAAACUAAUAAUAUGCACUGCUUUUAAAAUGUAAACAGGCUUUCAUGAUUGAAUAACGAGUAUUGCAGAGGCUUACAACAAUACGUUGGAUGCUCGUCCUGAGUUAUUGAUUAGUGUAAUAAUAAAUAGAGCAGCUUUAUGUAACCAGUUUCCAUCUGCCUCAGCUGUGGACUCUAAGGGAGAACACAUGCAAAACAAACAAUCAGAGUUUGUGCAGCCUAUAGAAGCCUUCAUCUGUCACCAUGGGCAAACUGCAAUGAAAGGAGACGUGGUAAAGUGAGGAAAUGAAAGCCCAGUGAGGAAGAACUCAAUAAAGCUGUGCGACAGUGGCAACAUGAGGCCGAGAGGGUUCGAGAGUAUUAUACUGUAAAAAGUUUAGAUCGGAUUCAUGCUGUGCUGCAUAGUUAUCCUUUCUGCAUUAUUCUUUAUUCUAAAUUAUGGACUUUAGAUGUAACACACUUGGCCAAAACAAAAGAGUAAAUAGCAAACUUGAUAUGCUGCUAGUUAUGAAGGUCUAAAUUCUUCUAUUUCUCAUGAAAUAAAGAUUGGUUUGCUGAUGUAAACUUGCAGUAUAGAAGUCCAAACUUUUUAUAAAAUGUGCUUAAAUGAUGAAUUCAGUGGUUUUAAUCUCAUGUAAAUCCCUGAAACCUUUUAAAGGAAAAAUAACUUGUCAUAAAUUGAACCAUGAAUGAAUUCAGCCCCAUAUCCUCAAUAGUGUGCGUGACAGGUUGCUAUUUUUAGUCAAUCUAGCAGUGACAUCAUGAGUUAAGGAGAAAAAAAAAGAGGAUGCAGGAGGAUUUAAGACCACGUCCUGCACAUUUCAGCCCACAUGACAUCUCAGAAGAGUUUAAUCCACGCUCAAUUAGUCAAACAUAUUAAGUUCAGUUUUUGUUAUCUGGGUUAUGCUUGAAAAAAAACUCGAGUAUCUCUGAAAACUGGCCUCCAGACUUCCAAUCCAAACUUCUUCACCUUCUCAGCAUCGCAUGAGCGGAGUCAAAACUGGAGGUGGGAGUUAUUUUGGCGCUAGCAGAGCACGUCCGCCCGCCCGACCGACCGCAGCCAGUUGUAGCCUGUGGUGCUGCAUUUUAUCGGUCCUUUCAGGCCACACACAGCCAGUCGAUAGCUUUUCUAAUUUAGCUGUCCUUGUGACUCUGUUACAGAGGGCGCAAGGUUACACUUUUCAGAGAAAGAGACCCGUCCUCUAUGAAAAGCUGCGAGCUUCAUCAAAUGCUGUUACAUGAUGUGCUGGCACAAACCAUAGUGUGAAUUAGUCUGGGGAUAUGCACUUGUGUGGUUAUAGACGUCUUUUGGACGACUGAUGGAAUAGCGUGAAAAGUGAGAAUAACCGAAGACUGUACUGCAAGUUUUGCUUUCUCUGAUAGAGACACUUCUCCAACAAAACUGCUACUUUGUACCAGCGGCUCACUGGAUUCACAUGAACUUCAUCUGUAAUUUGACUCAGCUCCCAAAGGGCUGAUCUGCUUAAUUAAUACUUGCAUUAUGCAGGGUAAACAUCCUAUCUUACUCUGUCAGCUUUCUGAGUGCUCAAAUAAUGUGAAUACUCUAUCAGCCGUCCCUUAUGCUCUCUAACAAAACUGGUUCCAGUGUUUCUACAUGGAGAGAGAAUAAGUGCUGCAAACUUCAGGUGUACAAUGCAUUAUUUAGAGAGCGAGUAACCACACACCCACACAUGCUGAUCUUUACUCCAGCUCCUGCCAAUUACUUUAAAACUGUUUUUCUCUCUGCCUGUUAUUUCCACAGCCCACUUCACUGAUGAGGUUCAAAGCAUCCGCCAGAGAGGAGUGACUCGUCCUCAGCGAAGGUGCAAGCACGCCUGCAGCAGCGGCCCCUGUCUCCUGCAGGAUCCAGCCCCCAUUUUCUGCUAGAGUUUGUCCCCGGGAUCAUUCAAAACUGUUUCUCCAACGCUUCUACCAAAAACUUAGACUGUUUUCCAAAGCAGAUUCGGCCCAGCCCUCCCAGGCGGCAGCGAUGGGGAGUGUGCGAAGCCACCGUUACAGCAUUGUGUCCUCUGAGGAAGAUGGCAUGAAGCUGGCCGCUGUUGCCGUCCCAAAUGGCUACGGGAACGGCAAUGUCAACAAGGUGCACACGGAGCACCAACAUCAGAGCCGCUUCGUCAGCAAGGAUGGCCACUGCAAUGUGCAGUUUAUCAAUAUGAGUGAGAAAGGUCAGCGGUAUCUGGCUGAUAUCUUCACCACCUGUGUGGACAUCCGCUGGCGCUGGAUGCUGCUCGUAUUCUGCCUUUCUUUCCUGAUCUCAUGGUUGUUUUUUGGCUUCGUCUUCUGGUUAGUGGCCCUUUCUUAUGGGGACUUAGACAAUGAGACUCAGAUUUGUGUUUGCAAUGUGGACAGCUUCACCGCUGCCUUCUUGUUCUCAGUGGAGACACAAACCACGAUUGGCUACGGCUAUCGCUACGUGACAGAGGAGUGCCCCAUUGCUGUCUUCAUGGUUGUCUUCCAAAGCAUCAUUGGCUGCAUCAUCGAUGCCUUCAUCAUCGGUGCAGUCAUGGCUAAGAUGGCCAAGCCCAAAAAGAGGAACGAGACCCUGGUGUUCAGCCAUUACGCAACUGUGGCCAUGAGGGACGGAAAACUCUGCCUCAUGUGGCGUGUGGGAAACCUCAGGAAGAGUCACCUGGUGGAGGCCCAUGUCAGGGCCCAGCUACUCAAGUCCCGCACCACCACUGAGGGCGAGUACAUCCCGCUGGAUCAGGUGGACAUCGACGUGGGCUUCGAUAGUGGCAUUGACAGAAUCUUCCUGGUGUCUCCGAUCACCAUCGUGCACGAGAUCGACGAGGACAGCCCGUUCUACGAGAUGAGCAAACAGGAGCUGGAGACAUCAGAGUUUGAGAUUGUGGUGAUUCUGGAGGGCAUGGUUGAGGCCACAGCCAUGACCACACAGUGUCGGAGCUCGUACGUGGCCAGCGAGAUCCUCUGGGGCCACCGCUUUGAGCCUGUACUCUUUGAGGAGAAGAACUACUACAAAGUGGACUACUCGCGCUUUGACAACACGUACGAGGUGCCCAGCACACCUGACUGUAGUGCCAGGGAACUGGCUGAGAGGAACUCCAACGCUUCCAGCCCGAGGAACUCCUUUUGCUAUGAGAACGAGGUAGCUCUGGAAAAAGUGGAAAUGGAGGAGCAGGAGGAGGACGAGGAAGAGGAGGAAGAGGAGGAGGAGAACAACAGGGAGAUGAGGGGUGUCGAGGUCUUUGCACUUGAGGACACAAACACCGACGUGGUGUCAGACUCUGAAUGCAAUCUUGACUCUUUGCCUUUGGAAUCAAGGCCUUUGACAGCAGAAUCAGAAAUAUGAGUGCAGAGAUAAAGAAGGGUCAUUUACUACGGCAGGGUAUGUGGAAAGUAGCCUGAAUUUGGUCCCGAAUGCUGUUUUUUAAUGCAUGGCAGUUUGCAGAGAGUUGUGAUUUCAGUAUAAAGUCCUCUAUGCAAAAACUCACCAACAGGACGGCAGACGUGUUGCACUGUCGAUGGUGAAAAUGUAAAGUCAUUGCAUGGAGCUAGAGUGGUGAAACGGGGUAGACGCCAUCACUUACACGCUGUGAAGUUGGCAAGUGCGUAAAUAUAAAGUUAAAUCACCAAUCAGAUUGAAAAAAAAAGAGACAAACAUGCUAGAAAAAGCAAAAUUGCAUUGAUUUGAGGACCCACUUCCAGUUUGCACAUUUUGCUGAAUUACCCUCCAAAAAUAAUCAUAUUAAUUCAAAAAGGAACUUUACUUCAAGAUUUGUCUUUAAAUGCCAAUCUAAUAAUAAUUUAUUUUUGUGAAUUCAAGUUUAGGAAUCUUUAUUUAAAGGCUAACAAUAAUAAUAAUAGUAAUAAUAAUAAUAAUAAAGAGGUUUGUUAAUGAGCUGGUCUCUUAGCAAAACAUACUCAGUCUAUCUCGCCGUGGUGGUCCUUAUGUUGCUCCGUGAUGCGAGGCAGGACAAAGAUAUCUUGCACACAUCAUGAGCACAAGCACACUAUGCUCCUCAAUUUAUUAUCUUGUCCAAGUUUGGCGUCUUUUGCAAUGUGUGCCGUGACGAAAUUCGCUGUCCUGGUGAGAGGUGCGGCUUCUAUUAAGCACACAUUGCACCGGUUGUCACAGCAAACAAAUAAAAGCAUUAAAAGGUGAUUUUCUGUGCAGUAUAGUGCCCCGUUACUGUGACUUUGUGCAAUACAGAUCUUUGGUAGAAUAUGGCAGGAAGCUCAGCCCUGAGCCGAGGUUGUGAAUGUUGAUGAUCAGUGCUGCUAAGUAACAUAUUGUAAGUUUAGAGAGAAAUCUAGGAGCCAAACUGUAUUAUUUGUCAUUCAGAGUAUCAGUUAUGAAGAUUGCAGAUGCCGCCUCUAUUUGUAGACGUAGUCGAGCAUGAAUUUGACAGUGUGUCACUUUUCCCUCGUCUCCCUCCUCCCCGUUUUUGCACAAAAGCCAAACGUGUAAAUUGAAGAGACAGACAACUGUUACCCGUCCCUUGGUUUGUACCCUUUUUUUUUUCAGCGGUUGGAUGUCAGGACAUUAAAUCAUUUGCUUUGACGUAGUUGACAUCAUGUUAAAACAUCAGUGUUCAUGGCGUGCACACUCCCCGGUUAACCCUUACACUUCGCUGCUGCGGGUCUUGUGAAGUUAUUUUGUCAUUUCUGAAUGGGCCCUCGCUUUUUUUCUUCAUGAACAUCAUGUCGUCUUAGAAAGCUUCCCUGAGCAAAAUCAGCACACUUGAUUCCAGUCUUACAGGAGAUUGAGCGUUAGUGUUUCUGUAACCUCUGAAGGUGUUUUGGCACAUUAACGCCGGAACGCUCUUCUGCAUCUCUGGUAAGGAAAACUGUUAAGAUGCUUUAUCUGAUCUCUCAAUUCUCCUGUCCUAGCUCUUUAUUUUUCUACCAGGGUCUUCCCAACUUCCUGCACAAACCAGAGACUGUACAGAUUUUUUAUCUUUUGUAAAUUAAGAGGCAAAUACUGUAUAUUGAUAUUGCAGUUGUUGAAAACUGUUAAUGUCCUUUUUUCAAUAAAAAUGCAAGAAAA